AUGGAAAAAAGGAAGUCUGGAGUUCACUACUCGACAUUUAACUCUCAUCCAGACAAAGAGUGGGUGCCGACAAACGAAGAAGUGUCUAAUCAUUGGCCUCGGACCAAUAAGUGGGGCCCAUCCAACUUUAAGGAGUCAAACGAAGAAGUGUCUAAUCAUUGGCCUCGGACCGAUCCGUGGGACCCAUCCGACUUUAGGGAGUCACGGAAAGGAAAGAGUUGUACAGAAAAAGCAAAAGGUCUUGGGAUCGAUAGGCCUUCUAGUUACCGCAAGAUUCAAAAGGCCGUGGCGCUCAUCAUACCACGUGCACCCCUACUCAACCUUUGA